GGUCUGGCGACUUGACGCAUUGUACGAAAUCUCAUGCAACGCUGAGAUUCGACGUAAAUUUUGCGGACAACAGUGACAAAAUGGCGAGCAACACCUCGAGAAAAACAGAAUUUGACAGCCUAAGGAAAGCACUCUUUCAUUCCCCUACUGCUCUGGAGGGGAACCAGCAGGACGAGCCAGAUUGGCCCCUGCUUACCAGGCUUCAAGUAGAACAUGACACUGAAGUUUGCAUGAAGAAUGUGCAAAAAGGAAACACUCGCCCAAAGACUAAGCGUACGUUAGAAGACCGGUUUCAACAAAAGGUUUACCAGCGUGGACAAAAGGGAAUUGACAGUAUUCACAAGAACUCGUUAAAAUGGUUGGCAGUGUUAACAGCCGAACCCGAGAAGUGAUGGCGUCUCAAGUUCAAAUCACCUUACCUCGGUAGAAUCAGAGAGAGGCACUGACCUCCCUCUCUCCACCUCAAGCCCCAGUUCCCGUCCACCAUGCGCCAAUCAGUGACAGUGAUCUAUGGGAGCGAUCUCUGCCCUAAUCAAGGGGAUGCUCGCCCACCUGAUCUCCUGCAGGAGGAUCGUGCACGAGCCGGAGACUACUGCGGAGGGUGUCGCGGGCACGUCCCGCUGAGGGAAUCGACUACCCGGCGAGAUCAGAGGACAUCAAAUCACGACGGCCACUCCAAAUGAGUUUUUCUAUCAUCGGUAACGACCGGUGCGGAAUACUAAUGGACGGCGGAGACGGGGCGGUGAUGGCCGGACGUGCCGUCGGACUCAUCCGCCCGAUAGCAUGUGCGGAUGAUGCCAACAGACUUGAGACUGACUAGAUUUCAAACCCUGAUGCAUUUUAAAGGGGGGUAUUCCUUUACAUUGCGAUAGUCAUGCACAUUUUUGAGAGUAUAGGACUUCGAGUCCGUUACAGCUGAGUUCGAGGCUCAGUUUAUUGGUUAGAGUAAAAAAGAAAUUGAUUUAUACCUUGGAACUUGGCAGAGUUGUAAUGACUCGAGUCCAACUCGAGUCACAUUUUUGGGUGACUUGACUCGAGUCCCUGCGGGUAAAUGACUACUCUACUCGAGACACUGUGAGCAAAUGACUCAACUCGACGUGGGUCCCUCGUCAGAAUACCCGACUCGAGUGAAAUUUAAUAAGUAUCGAGUACCCCAAGUAAAGCAAACUUGUUGCGAAAAAAAUAUUUGCAAUAAUUUACAGUGCCGAUUUAUAAACUUCAUGUGCUACUAUCAUCAAGGUAAGUAAAUAUGGUGACCACAUAUAGAAACCCAGAGGUGAAGUUGAAAAUGCCCAAAACCGACUUUCUCCUUUGUUUUUAGUUAAUGUAGUUUGUUCAUAUAUUGGUGACUCGAGCUCAAUACUCCACUCGACUCGACUUGACUUUUGUUGCUUAUCGACUCGAUUUGACUUGAGUCACAACAUUACAACGAUUCGACUUGAGUCACUACAUUACAACGAUUUGACUCAACUCGAGUCUCAAAAAUCAGUGUUUCGUCGCAACUCUGGAGUAUAGGCACACAACACUGGCCUUGAGUACUCGAGUAUCUUUGGGAAUAGAUAGGCUUCCAGUAUCACCACCGGGGUAAUAUUUUUUCGUGGGGUUGCACGUGGAAGUAGAUUUUAACGAGCAUUAUCUUCGAACGCAAGAUAUUAGAUCAGGAACAAGAGUACGAAAAUACCGGUUUGCUACAUAGUGAGUGCAGAACAACUGCAUGAAUUUUCUCUGAGAAUAGUCGUGAAUACAUUUCUGCCAUCAGUCUUGGUGCAGUUUUAACGUAUUCGUGUGGCAUCUGGUCAUGUGUGAACCACAAACCCUCUGCUGUAUUCACAGCGAAUCCUUCUCAUGGAUCUUUCUGCUAUCAUGCGUGCCUUUCUGAAAGCACUGAGCGAACUCAAGUAACACAAACUGCAUUUACCAUCAUAUGAGGUUUGAUAUGGUUGUUUUUGUCGCCACUUUCUUUACAACUUCAGUAACUUGUCCGUGACCCUUGUUCUGUGUGGCAUAGCAAAACCAGUGAUUGAGUAGUCAAAUUGACUGGGUAAGCAUUGCUUGUACAAUACAAUAAAAACAAAAUCCAGUGGUAAGAGCGCAUCGACCCAAAAAGAUGCCACCGUGAAUGGUGCAGUUUUCUUUGAUAUCUUCAUGUUGAGUGGUCACCAAGUACAGUUCAUUUAUAUAA